UUAAAGCAGCUUGAGAUGGAGGUGAAGUGCGUGUGCCGGCGGGUGCUGCUGGACCCGUGCCUGUUUCACUCCGAGCGUCUCUUCUGGCUGGGCCAGAUCCUGAAGCCUUGGCCACUAGUCAGCCAGGCGCGUCUGCUCUUUGUGAUAUACGGGCCCUACUGCGAACACGAAGGCCGUGUGCUGUGGGAGCGUACGCUGGUGAAGAAUCCCGCGCGCGACACUUCUCUGCGCGACCUCAGCUCCGUCGUUCGAAACCUAGGGGCCUCCGACGCUACCAACUGGAACGAUUCUGACGUCAUGAGCAUCAUCGGAGAGAUUUCCGUGUUACCAAACAAAUGGAACGCGGAGAAUUUUGCCCGAUUCCUCAUUCUGUGCGGGGAGAGGGUCUGCACCAUGAUGCUGAGCAGCAAAGCCGUGAACCGACACUUCCCACAGCUCGCCAGGCUCGUCGUCUUCAUGUCAGUCGUAUGUGAGAAGGACGGCUACAGGAUGGCCUGGCUGGUGAACACCGUGAAGAAAAUCUGCUGCUCCACUGUCAACCAGUCAGACGUGCAGCAGCUGCUGCUCAGCAUCGUUCGCAUCUACAAGGAGGUCAUCGUGCAGCUCAUCCACUCGUUAACGGAUAUCCCGCACCAAGACGUGGAGUUGAACUCUGUCAUUAACGCUCAAGGUUGCUUCCUCAAGGAGAUCAUGUCUCUCGCCUUCUCCCCUCUCCUGGUGACCCUCACGCUCCAAACACCACAGGAGAUUUAGCGGACGAGAGCGUUAGGCCACUGGAGAGUUGGUGAGUGGGAGAGUUUGCAGACAGCAGAGUUAGCUGAUGGGAGAGUUUUGGAACGGGACAGUGAGUGAGUGGGAGAGUAAGAGGAUGGGAGAGUUUGUCGCGAUCUGUCUGUGUUUGUCUAUUGGUCUCUCCAUCUAUCUCAUGCAAAAACCUCACUCCAUUAAAAGUGCUCUGCAAUAGACUCGUUGCUCUUUGUCGACUGCACGUUGUCGACAACGAGUUAAAUCUCUUGAAAUGCGCCAUUGUUGAUGAAUGUGAAUGAAUUAACUUAUACGAAAUAUAUAUAUAUACGCACAGUUAGUGUUUAGUGGCCAAUGAGCAAAUCGCCUGGAAUGCUUCCGAUCUCGUAAGAUCUCGGCAGCUAAGCAGAUUUAAGCCUGGACAGCGCUUGGAUGGGCGACCGUAUAUGCGUCACAGGUUGUUAUAGGCUGUGGGGGGAUGGGGGAGAGACGACAUGGGGGCAGCAGAAGGCAGUUGCAGCAAUAUCCAUUGCUGUAUUGUACGUCUAUGCUCCCCACCUUCACCAUCCCGCCGAAUGACCAGCGUGGUGAAUUAUGGUCAAUUGACCUUCACGACCGGUACGGCAUGGGGAAGCCCUCAUCAUCCAGCAGUAGAUGGAUAUAUGCAGAUUAGGCAGAGUAGGCUUCAUGAUUAAAUAAAUGUAUAACAAGUUAAGCAUGCUAUAAUAUUCAUCUUUACGGGCGUUGAGUUGUUCCUGUGGAUGGCUGUUAAGAACUACGGACGCUUUUACUUGCUCAAUGUAUUGCAAUGCAACACUAAUGCGUUGCACGGACACCCACAGGAGACGUAUGUGUGCAGGUGCGUGUGUACGUCGUCUAUGAGUGUAAAGAACACGUGCUGGUGUGCACGUGAGCAACUACUGCAUAAUUAUAAAUGUUUAUGUUAAAAUAAAUGUAGCCGCGUGGUGAAUUAAAUUACGUGUUCGCG